AUGGCAAAGACUUACGAGUCACCUUACAAGACACCUAUUUUGCCCGUCGACCUCGCGACGUUCAUAUUUUCCUCGGGCUCCAAGGAAGACCGGUUACGACCUCAAUACUUCGAUGCCGACAGACCAUACCGCAAUUUCAGUCUCCAACAAGCGGAGGUAUUGGUCAAGAGGUUUGCGAAGGGCUUACUUGAUCUCGGUCUGAAGCCGGAUCAAAAGGUUCUUUUGUAUUCAGGAAACUCCCUGCACUUCCCAAUCUUGUUCUGGGGGACAGUGGCUGCGGGCUGUGUGUUUACUGGUUGCUCGCCAAGUGCCUCGGUGACUGAGCUUGCGUAUCAAUUACGGGACUCGGAUGCCCGAUUGCUAAUCACAAGCAGAGCUGGUGCUUCUCGAGCGCUGGAAGCUGCCUCACAAGUCGGGAUUUCAAAAGAAAUGGUGUUUGAGUUUAUGGAGCCGGAUAAUCAAACGACGCAAAGCGAUAUUCUCCCAUGGACCAAAAUAUGGGCCUCAGAUGAAGCCAGUGCUUCUUGGACAUGGAGAACUUUCUCCUCAGCUGAGGAGGCCCAAGAAGCAACUGCUGUUGUGAAUUAUUCAAGCGGAACGACUGGUGUGCCCAAAGGAGUGGAAAUAUCACAUUACAACAUCGUAUCAAACUCUCAACAAGUCAUAUUCAAGAGAAGCAUGGUCGCAGAAACGACUCGUGGAAAAGAGCGCAAGCAACGCAUCGAUUUGGUAGGAGAGCGAUGGUUGGCUCCUCUCCCUAUGUUCCACGCCUACGGCCAAAUGUAUUACUGCAUGACAGCAGCGCGCAUGGGCGUCAAGGUCUUCAUCAUGAUGGAGUAUAGCAUCCAGCGAUAUCUUCUGUUCCUCGACAUCUUUGGCAUCACCUUCCUCACUGGUGUCCCAACCCUAAUGGUAGCCUUGUCCAAACACCCCCAAGCUAAGUCAUACAACCUCACGGCAAUUGAGUCCGUUGUGACAGGUUCUGCACCGCUAAACCCUGAUAUUGGCCGACUUGUCGAAAAGACCCACCUUCGUCCAGGAGUGGGUGUCAAACAAGGUUGGGGGAUGACGGAAACCACAUGCUCCGCAACCGGAUUUGCACAAGAUGAUCAGGAUGAUGGACGAUCAAUCGGCUGGCUAAAUCCCAACGUGUCUGCUAAAGUCGUCCCAAUGCCAGACCACGGAUUCGAGCAAACCAAUGACAUUCCAUACACCGUGGGAGAGAUUUGGGUGUCUGGACCUAACAUCAUGAAAGGCUACUACAAGAAGCCAAAGGAAACGGCUGAAGUGAUUGUCUACGAAGGUGGAAGACGGUGGUUGCGAUCAGGAGAUAUUGGAUAUGUUGAUUCAAGAGGCUGCUUCUACAUUGUCGACAGAAUGAAAGAACUCAUAAAAGUGAAAGGCUUGCAAGUUGCCCCUGCAGAGAUCGAGCAGACUCUCUUGUCCCAUUCUGCCAUUGCAGACGCAGCCGUGAUAGGAGAGAAGAGACCAGAUGGUGAAUACCCUAAGGCGUUUGUGGUCAGAGCACUAGGGGCAAGCAUUACCGGGAAAGAAGUCCAGGGUUUUAUCGAGGCUCGAAUGUCUAAGCAUAAGUGGCUGACAGCUGGAGUCUACUUCAUCGACGAAAUCCCUCGAACUCCAAGUGGGAAGGCCAUUCGACGUGAGUUGCAAAAGUUGAAGACCAGUGUAGCAGAUACCUCUGCCAAACUAUAG